AUGGAUGGCCCUGCCGCGCGACGCAGUGCUGAUCCGGACAGCAAAGAUCGAAAACGCUGGCUCAUUUCGCUGGCCAUCGUCAGCAACGGCAGCGACGAUGAUUUCAGCUACGCGGUGGAGGGCGUGGCCAUGGACUCCCUGGCACGACCGUGGACCAAGCUCAAGCCAGAGCGGGGAGCGGUCGUCGAUGAGGAGCAGGACACGGGAGGCCAGCCUGGCUGGUGGUUCCUGCUGGCCGGCCGCGGCUUCCGCCCACUGCCCACCACUCCGCGCAACGCAACUUUCCCUGCUCAAGGUAAGAGGCGGUUGACGCUGGAGCUGCUCUACGGCAAGCAGAGCGUGAUGCAAGUCCAGGGCUUCUUCGACUUUGACGAGCGCGGACCACCGGCGAGCGCCAAGAUCCACGUCGACAGAAAGUACAGCCAGGCGCCCUCCGUCGGCAGCAUGCCUUCCAGUCUCAGCUCCCAGAGCAGCACGCCCGCCUCGACCGACUACCUCUUCCUUCGCACCACGGAUUGGUAUCUCACCGCGAUCCGCCUGUUCGUGCCCUACUCGGUGCUGGCCCGCGACGGUCUACGGCUGGGGUCGUGGUUGAGCCCCAAGCGCGUUCGCGACAUGCACGCAUCCAUUCCUGGUUUCACCGACGAACGCCAACACAAGCGACAGAAGCGAGAGCUUCCAGUAAAGAAGAACACUGCGCCAAGCGGGGAGGACAGUAUAGACUCGGUCACCAAGCGAACAACACGGCCCUGGAAGGUCAUCGAGCUCAGCUCGUCAUCCUCGGGCGACGACGGCAGCGACUUUGAUGAUGGAGAGCCCAUCAACCGAACGCGCGCCAGGAGCGGUCGCACGCGGCGCGAAGUCGACGAUGAAUUCGAAGCCAACUACAAGGGCCUCGACGUCGCCGUCAAGGUCUUCAAGCCCAGCGAACUCCCCACGCGCAUCGACAACGAGGUCCGGAUAUUGGGGUACGAUGCGCCACUCCACGCGGAGACACAGGAGCUGUGA